GCCCGUUCGGACUUGUCAAUGACAAUGAUCAUUUAUCUUUGCCCCUUUUUGACAGGUCUCUCUUUUCCCUCUGGGAGGGUCUUCAAAGUGCCCCCCUCCCCGCUUCCUCUUGGGUCGGUGCGGUGCAAGUGUGGUGUAGUCAUUACCUUAAGGUAGUUUAGGGAGGGGCCGAGGACGUUCGCCUCCGUUGGAGAGAGACAUGGUUCGCGGUCCAAUCGGCAGGCCGGCGUCUCAAAAAGUUCUACGGUCUGGGCAUGUAGAAGACCGGGUAGGCACUUCGCUCGCGUGGUCUUGUGGCUGGCUGUCUUGCCUGUCUGCCUACCUAGGUGCACAGAAACCCACCUCCCUACCCGGGUACCCCAGGCGAGUGUAUGUGCUCCUCAACCCUUGACACACGAACUGCACGCGGGGGGCCACUUGGCUUUGGGUAGGGCUGCAGUGCAGCAUCCCAUGCAGGGAUGGCCUCUUUUCCUGCUUUGCCUCCACCCCGGACUGUUUCCC